GUACAUUCUGCAUGAACAUGAUGCAUGCUCCCCCACCCUCUCCACCGAUCUCCCCGUUAUAUACUCCCACCACCCCCUUCCCAGGAGCUCGACAUCGCGACGUCCACGUACGGGCGCUCUCCUUCGUCGUCUCGAUCAGGCCGGCCUCUCGUGUCUCAGCGCCCUCAGCCUGCAUGGAUCGGCGGCCGGAGGGCGGCAGGGCGAGGAAACGCGCGCGGGAGGAGCCGGACCAGGCGGCGGACUUCCCCUUCGACGAGGCGGCGGCGGCCACCGACGCCGGGGAGGCGUGGCGGAGGCCGCCGGGCGUGUUCCAGUUCCCCUGGCAGAAGUGCCGCGGCGGGCUCGGCGUGGCCGGCGGCGGCGGCUGGGAGCUGCGGGACGUCUUCUUCCACUCCCUCGUCGACGGCGGCGCCGCUGCCAUCGGCGUGCCGGGCGACCGCCUCGUCUCGCCGCCGCCGCCCAGCAAGCAGCGCGCGCUCUUCGACGACGUCGACGCCUGGCUCGCCGCCGCCGACGACGGCGAGGUCGACCCCGUCUGGCGGUCGGCGAUCAGGGGCGCCGGGCCCUCCGCGUCGGCGGUGUGACGAGACAGACGAUGCAUGGCGUGGGCCGUGGAGGGCCCCCGUCGCCGGUGGCCCCGCCUGACAUUCAGUGCGCGGCGCCGCCUGGCCCAUCGGCCUCGUGAAGCUGGCCUGGCCGCCUGGGUUGGCACGGGCCUGUUGAUGAUCACGAUCAAUUUGCUCCUGUAUAUAUGAUGAUUGCUGCCAAUAAUUAUUUACUCUCUCUUCAUUUUUAAGCAUCACUUUAAUAAUCACAAGUGUUGUUUCCAAAUAGUUACACAUCCUCUCUCAAGCCUCUAGGUAAAAAUUUCGAAACCACAUACAUAUCCAUCUGAAACCUACUCAUUUCCCGUAUUUAAAUAUCAUGUUUUAGAUGACAGUCUUAUUCUCUUUUUUUUGGCAAAUAAAUUCUUGCAUUACUCGAGGUUUAAAGAUGUCAGUCUUAUCAUAUGGUUACAUUAGGAAAAAGUUGAAUACAUCACACA